AUGGCGCCGUCACUUGAGCUCUACGAGAAGGCCACUCAGAAUCUGCCAGUGAAGCCGAACGUCACGAAUGUUCAUGGUGUUCCGGCAGUGACUGACUUCCAAUUCGAGAGCUCGGACAAACAUGACAGAGUGUUGAAGGUGUUCCGGGCCUUCAUCGCUGAUCAAUGUCAGCAGUUCAAUGGCGGUCAUCCAGGCUCCGCCAUGGGAAUGGCAGCUAUUGGCAUUGCCCUUUACAAAUUCGUUCUCUCAAAUGGCCAUGCUUGCCUUUGGCAGUAUCUGUUCAUGCACCUCAUCGGUGUUAAGAGCAUGACAGUCGAGCAGCUGAAAUCAUACCACUCCGACAAGACCGACUCCAUUUGUCCCGGCCACCCCGAAAUCGAGAAUGAAGGCGUCGAAGUCACAACAGGCCCUCUCGGCCAAGGCGUAGCGAAUGCGGUCGGUCUUGCGAUGGCGACGAAGAACCUCGCGGCAACAUAUAACAAGCCAGGAUUUGAGGUGGUGAACAACAUGACCUGGUGUAUGAUCGGCGACGCAUGUCUUCAAGAAGGCGUUGGCCUUGAAGCGGUGUCACUAGCAGGCCAUUGGAAGCUCAACAAUCUCUGCAUUAUCUACGACAACAACUCGAUCACGUGUGAUGGAACAGCGGAUGUGGCGAAUACGGAAGAUAUCAACGCCAAGAUGAGGGCGACUGGGUGGAAUGUUUUGGAGGUCCUUGAUGGAAACUCCAACGUUGCCGCCAUUGCCAACGCUCUGAUUGCUGCGCGAAGCAGCGACCGUCCAACAUUCAUCAACGUUCGUACAACGAUUGGAUUCGGCUCACUCAAAGCUGGUGACGCAAAGACGCAUGGCGCCGCCCUCGGUGUUGACGAUGUUGCCAACAUCAAGAAGAGCUUCGGCCUAAACCCCGAUGAACACUUCCACAUCCCGAAGGACGUCUACGACUUCUUUGCUGACGCCGUUGAGCGCGGCAAAACCUACGAAGCGGACUGGUCCUCAACUAUCCAGAAGUACUCCCAGGAGCACCCCGAGCUCGCGGCCGAAUUCAAGCUCCGCGUGGACGGAAAGAUGCCCGACGAUUGGACAAAGCACAUCCCGAGCCACGACCAGCUCCCGACGGAGCCCACGUCUUCUCGAAAGUCUGCGGGCAUUGUGGGCAACCCACUCGGAGAGAAGAUGAGAAACUUCCUGAUCGGCACCGCCGACUUGACCCCGUCAUGCAAUGUCGCAUACAACCAGAAGGUUGACUUCCAAUCUCCCGAGCUUCGCACCGCAUGCAACUUAAACGGAGACUACUCCGGGCGCUACAUCCACUACGGCAUCCGCGAGCACGCCAUGUGCGCAAUCUCCAACGGCCUAGCUGCCUUCAGAAAAGGCACAUUCAUCCCCGUCACCAGCUCCUUCUUCAUGUUCUACCUCUACGCCGCGCCCGCCGUUCGCAUGGCCGCCCUGCAAGGCCUCCAGCAAAUCCACAUCGCAACCCACGACAGUAUCGGCACUGGCGAGGACGGUCCCACGCAUCAGCCCAUCGCCCUGCCCGCGCUAUACCGCGCCAUGCCGAAUACGCUCUACAUCCGCCCGUGCGACUCGGAAGAAGUGGCCGGCGCCUUCAUCACGGCCAUCAACUCGACCGAGACGCCCACCAUUAUUUCUCUGUCGCGUCAGAACCUGACGCAAUACCCUCAGCACUCGUCUCGUGACGGCGUUACUAAGGGCGCCUAUGUCUUCGUCGAGAAUGAUGACUUUGACGUGACUCUUAUCGGCGUGGGCUCAGAAAUAGGCUUCACGAUGGAGACGAAGGAGCUUCUGGAGAAGGACGGCGUCAAGGCGCGUGUGGUGUCAUUCCCGUGCCCACGGCUGUUUGAGCAGCAGUCGCGGGAAUACAAGCAGUCCGUCUUGAAGCCGCGCUCGGGCAAGCCGAUGGUGGUAAUUGAGGCGUAUGCGGCAAAUGGCUGGGAGAGGUACGCCGAUGCUUCGUUCUCGAUGCGCCGGUUUGGCAAGAGUCUGCCGUCCAAGGCAGCGUACGACUAUUUUGGUUUCAAGGCGACGAGGAUGGCGCCGAGGAUCAAGGAGCUUGUAGAGGAGGUGAAGAGAGAUGGUAUUGAGGUUCUUCGGGGUGACUUUAGAGACUUGAACGGACCAUUGGGAGUUGGAUUCGAGCAUUGA